AUGGCGAUAUGGCCCUUUAAUCGCAAGAGCAAGCGGCACACCAUCCAAGUGACCGGUGCUGAAGCUGCUGACCUUCACUCAACCUUUGCCGAACCUACCGUCGAGCCUACCUUGGGUCGUAAACCCUCCAAACACCAAAACCGCACAACACGGGAUGCUGCAGACAGCCGGCGCAGCUCGGCCCUCGUGCCGCCAACUCGACCUAUCUCAUCGCUAGACCGCCCUGCCUCCAUCGCUGAUCAGUCACGGAACCCGCCACGCGACCCUCCACUCUCAAGAACCGGUUCUCUGCUGAGGCGAAAACCAAGCCAAAACUCAAAUGGCCCGAAUAAACUACGACGUAGACUGAGCAAACGCAAAGCAAACGAGAUCAUGCGCGAGCGUGAGAUUCGUAUGCUCUCAUCCACACCCAUCGAUAUUCCCCAUCGGUCAUCUCCUGGCGGAGACUAUGCACUGGAAAAACGCCGCCGAAAGGCAAAUGGUCGGCGUGCCGACCGGUACAUGUCUGACAUCAGCCUCUCCAUCCGUGACUCCGCCACCUCCUCCACAUCUGACAUAUCCGACCCAUACACCUACAAGGUUAACGCCUUUGCUGCCUUGACCCCACGCCCUGUCGUUCGUUACGUGGAAGCACCUCGCCUGCAGACCGCCAGAAGCAACAACCCGGCCGCUUCUGGCCGACAGGAAAGAGAGAGGCUUCAGGCCCUGACCAUGUCCGAGGAAGAGUUCUACUAUUCCAAGCGACGAGUUAAUGAACUCGCUGAUUCAUUAGAUGCUGGGGCUUUGAGAGAGCUGUUGGAUCGCGACCGUCGCCGCCGGGAGAAGAAGCAGAUCGAUGACCAGGAAAGGCUUCGGCGUAAGCUGCAAGAGAGAGCUGAUGCUCAGCAGGCAGAGGAACAAAAAGUCCAGGCCGCCAUCCCCAAACCCGAGCCCGAAUCCGAACCUGAAAUCGCUCAACCAGAGCCGCCCAUACCUGAAGUUGCUGAACCCGAGGACCUUAUUCACGAAGAGACCACCCCUCAAGUUGAGGAACCGAAGGCUGUCGCGCCAGAGAAUCAAUCGUGGUUGCUGGGAACUUCGAAAGGCAGUGAAAACACUGGACGCGAAUCGCGGGAAAGCGUUCGCAUGGCUGGCAAUGCUGAUGAUAGUUCAGUUCGUGAGCGAAGAUUGGCUCAACGUCCUAGCUUCGCCCCGUCACAAGACAUGACCAUGUCCCGGACUACUCUUUCCCCGUCUCAUUCAUCAGUCCGACAUGGGGUAAGCAGUCCAACCAAUUCGCAGGUCUUAGGGCCCAGCUCCGCAUCGGACAUCUCCAGGGGAGUAGACUCCGAACGCCGACUUUCCGACACCAGCGGUCGCCGAGGAAAUACCAUUACAUCCCUAUUCAGACGUGGCUCUUCUCGCCUCAAGCGGACUUACAAAGAACGAUUCCACGACACUACCCCGGAAGUCUCCAACGCCUCGCAUGAAUCUUUCUACAGAAUCCAGACCCAAUCAUCACCCCCUCCGCCUUCGAUUGUCCCUCCGAGAAUUCUGAUGCCUAGUGGAACCCUGAAACGCUCUCAAUCCAAGUUCACUGAACACUUUGGGGACGAACCGCUAUCGCCUCCUGAUUCUCGCCUACAGUCGCCAGAUAUCCCAGAGGAAGUUUUAGAGUCCUCCGUCGAGAAAGAUGAGACUUUUUUGCGUGAACCAACACCCAGCCCCGGUGUGGACAUCAAAAAUCCGAACCGAAGCCAUCAUCGGUCGUGGGCUACCGAUAGCAUUGACACCGAGGCCGAUAAUGUGCCACUUUCCCAAUCCCUGGCUUCCAUUGAUUCAGAGGGAUCCUGGAUGUCAGGCCAGUUUUUCCGUCGGAUAUCGCAAAAGCCCAGCAGUCCUGUUCGAUCGAAUUUGAACUCAUUUGGCCAAGACUCUGUGGAGGGCCCGGCAGAUGCCCGCGAAGAGGUUGACUCACUGGAGGAGUCCCGCCGUCUGAGCGACAAUAUGGUUGAACCGGAGCUCGAACCAGAAACUGCAGACAACUCGACAGGCAAUCCCAACCCCGCUGAAAGAUGGCACAACGAGGUUGGCCGCCGCCCUGUUCUGGUGAACCCGGUAGUUCGCCCCAAGUCUACGCAAGGAAUACUCAGAGGGUAUUCCUCAUUAACUCCCAUCAACGCAGAGGAAGAUUACAUUAUGGAGGAGACAAGUCCUUCUGAAUUGCGGCGGAUCCCCAGCGCGAGAGCCGAGAUUGGUUAUGCCGAAUAG